GGGGGAAAGAUCGGAAGUCCGACUCUGUGCUCCCUGGUUCAAAGCGUGGAAACAAACAAUAGUUUAGCUCAUCGUGCACAUUUCUGGUCUGAGCUGAUCAGGCAGCUAUCUUUGCAGUACUGGUUGGAAGUACGCGAGUACUGUAGAUUUGAGGCCGCUGUCACAGAUAGCUCGACACGCUCCAAAAAUUUCUUGCAUUUGGUCGCACCCAAGGAGAUCUUUAGCCUGAGGUCAUGUUGAUGAUUGUAGGCUCCUUUCCAGUCUUCCGGAUCGUGACCGUAAAAGGUUUUUUUGGGGCCGCCAUCAAAAUUAAUGAGACACCGAGGCUGAAUCACCAGUAGUCAGACUGCAAGUGCACAAAAGAGGACGGUCUUAGCUGCUGUGUGCAGGAAUCUGAAGGGUCAGCACACAACCAGGCUAGCAGAAUUUUUGUCUGGAUUUGAGUUCCUUCGCAGGGUGCAAGAUUGCCCCAAGAACCAAAAUUUUCCUGGAUGCAGGGCUCAGUGGACCGCAUGCAUAAAAAGGACUCCCUGUACACAACAAGGAGGCAGUUCACCAGGCAGAGACUCCAACAUCAGCUAGCGCAUCUGAUACCAUUCACCCACACACACAAGUUAGUUCUAGAUUUAGAGAAGUCCCCACCAUCAACCGGUGCGUUGUAGUAAUUUGCGACGACACUGGAAACAUGGCAUCCAGAAUCUGGGCUCACCUGAUAGUGGCUUUGCUAGGAUGCAUCCUUGCGUCGUGUUUGCGGGUGUGUUACAGCGAUUCCGACAGCCGUCGUAGUCCGAUCUCACCCGGCGAUCGAAAGUACCUGGAGUCGCUCUCCUUGCAGGGCAAGCUCACGUUCGAGAACACCACAGCCUCGGCAAAGGAUUGGGGCCAGCUGCGUCGUGUCACUGCGCCUGCGGUCGUGCUGCACCCAACUUCGGUGGACGAUAUAGCAACUGUUGUGCGAUCUGUGGCGAGGUUAGAGUCUGAGCUCACUGUUGCCGCUCGCGGCCUCGGUAGCUCCACUGGCAGCCAAUCGCAGGCACGGAAUAGAAUUGUCGUCGAGAUGACGAGCUUGAACGGAAUAAUGGUGGCGCCAUCCGGCGACAGUGCCUCGAACGGUGUUCCGUUUGUGGAGGCCAUGGGUGGAGCGCUUUGGGUGGAUGUUUUGAAGGCAUCUCUGGAGCACAGACUUGCACCCAGAUCAUGGACCGACUACCUCUACCUCACCGUUGGCGGCACUCUAUCGAAUGCUGGAGUUAGCGGACAGACUUUCCGCCAUGGCCCGGAAGUCAGCAACGUCUUGCAGCUCGAAGUAGUCACAGGCAAGGGAGAGGUGGUACAAUGCACGCCUACUGAAAACUCGGAGCUCUUCUUCACAGUGUUGGGAGGCUUGGGCCAGUUCGGCAUCAUCACCAAGGCUCGCAUCCUGCUGGAGAAAGCCCCACAGAGGGUUCGCUGGAUGCGAGCACUAUACACCGACUUUGCCACCUUCAAGAGAGACCAGGAACUGCUCAUUGGUUCUGCAGUCACCAAGUCAUUCGACUACGUGGAGGGCUUUGUGGUGGUGAACAAUGAGAACGUCAUCAAUGGGUGGGGCUCAGUGCCAUUCGUCCGCAGCGAGGUCUCUGAGGCCAUGAUUCCCUCUUCAGCCGGCCCCAUCAUGUACUGCUUGGAGGUGACCAAGGCCUACUCAACAGCCGACCUUCAGAAACUGGACGAUGUGGUGGAGAGCAUGCUCGCUCCACUGAGCUUCCACCGCGAGCUGCUGUUCAAAACCGACACAACCUACUUCAAGUUUCUCGACCGCGUGCAUGAAUUGGAGACGCAGUUGAGGUCCAGAGGAUUGUGGGAGAUUCCUCACCCCUGGCUCAACAUCUUCGUGCCCGCCUCGGCUAUCGACCGCUUCGACAUGCUGGUGUUCAAGCGCCUUGUCACGCACGAGUUCAAUGGCCCCAUCCUUGUCUACCCCGUAAAUAAAUCCCAGUGGGACAAGAGGCUGUCCGUGGCGAUACCUGAGAGUCCCGAGGAAAUCUUCUACAUUGUGGCCUUCUUGCGCAACAAGCUCCCCGACGCACAUGGCGGCCCUUCCCUGUCGUCCAUGCUGGAGGACAACGAGAAGAUCCUGCGCAUCUGUGAGCCUCUGCAAUGCAAGCAGUAUUUACCCCAUUACCAGGACCGUAGCCGGUGGAAGCGCCACUUCGGGAUCAAAUGGGAAACCUUCGUGCAGAACAAGCAGGCGUUUGAUCCCAACGUCAUUCUAUCUUCCAGCCAGAACAUCUUCUCCCGUCGCCGAGGUAGCAAGUUUUCCAUUGCAAACAUCGCUCAUGGCCAGUCACAAGACGAGUGAGAUGUCUUCAGGACGAUGCCACAAAUUCCAAAUUCAACAUUUAGAUUAGGUCUAGUUUGUACCCUGAUCAAGAGCUUUAACCUCAACUUCGAACAAGUGCUCGGAGCGAAGGGUUAAUCAAUUUAUUGCUAAUUCGUAGAGCGAUUGGCGCCAACCUUAGGUUCAUCAACAGCCGAAAUGCCGUAGAUAGCGCGCAGACAACAUUCAAGGUGAAAGGAUUGUAAAUAAUCAAAGGUAUGAUCCUCAGAGUUGGUAAAUUUCAAGCUGAAGGAGUGGCAGUGCUGGCUAAGCUGAGGGAAGAACUUUCACCUCACGGGAAUUGAUAUUAUCCUGAUGGCUGGCAUUGCCUGUCAGCAACAUAUGUGAGGGUGUGAUGACAUUAUGUGCUUGAUCCGAAUUUAGAUUGAACAUAACAAGUUUGAUGAUGAUCUCUAAGCCUGGUCUAAAUUGAGGGAUUCAGAGGUAGUGAAGAUUCACAUUGCUGACUUUAUUCCUUUGAGAAGUCAAUUUGAGGACUUGGAGUUUAGGGGAUUUGUUUUUCUUGUCAAUCAA